UCAAUCGGAACAUUCUAUCGAAUUUCACCAUACCAACAUAUCAAUGUCUACAGAAGAGAACAUUUUUUGAGACGCCGAUAACAAAACUUCAACCAAACUUGUUUGACACGAGUCAGUUUGUGCAAAAGUUAGAGUCGGAAGGAUUCACCCGACAACAAAGCGAGGCAAUAAUGAAUUCAUUGUCCGAGGUUAUAAGUGAAAGCAUGCAAUAUUUAACCAGAAAUAUGGUGACCAAGGCUGAUCAGGAGAGGGAGAUGUACGAGUCCAAAGUAGAUUUUGCCCAAUUAAAAUCGGAGAUACAAAUGUUGGAAAAGAAUGAUUUUUCAUUGCUAAAGUCAGACAAUGAAAGAUUGGUGGCGGAGGUGGAAAAACUUAAGCAGAGACUGAGCGAAGAGAUCAAAAGAACGCAAGCCGCCACCCGAUUAGAUAUGAAUUUAGAGAAGGGCAGGAUAAGGGACGAAUCAAGUAUGUUGGAAAUGAAACUAAAAGAAACGGAUACUAGAAUUGAAAGUGAAAUUAGUAAUUUAAGGACCCAGAUGGAGGCUAUCAAAUUUCAGGCACAUUGA